GCAGUUCAGUGACGAAGCUGAAAGCCAGGGUUCUGCGUUGUAUACGCUGCAGCAUUAAAUAGAGCUGCAUGCCCCGUUGGCUGCAUCUCAGCUCGUUAUGAAUACCCUGUCGUUCAUUGUUUACUCUGUCUGCGAUAACCUUAUCUAUUCUUUACGCGUUGAAUGAUGUCUAUGCCACAUACCCCGUUUAGUUAUGGCGAUUCUUCUGGUGCGCAAGACUUGGAGAAGCAAGACAGCUCUAAUGACAUAGAUGAUUCCCCCGAGUCACAGCCGAGGGCUUGUCAUGGAGAGCGAGCUUGCCAUGGAGAGAUUGAAAAAGAUGGAGCGGAUGGACGGGCUGAUGGUAAAGUCGAGUUGAAGGAAAACGACUGUUAUGACAAACUAGGGUUUACCUUUCCUUGGUGGAAGAAAUGGGGCAUUCUGUCUGUGAUUUUCAUAGUGCAAGUGUCAAUGAACUUUAACGCUGGUUUCUACGCCAGCGGGAUUGGUCUCUUGUCUAAGCACUUUAAUAUCUCGAAACAAGCUGCCAGAGUCGGGCAGAUGGACUUUUUGAUUGCCUAUGGAUUUGGAAGUGAGUUCUGGGCUCCGUGGAGUGAAGAAUAUGGAAGAUGGCCGAUCAUGCAACUCAGUUUGCUGCUUGUCAACAUAUGGCAGCUUCCUUGCGCGCUGGCCCCUAAUUUUGGUACCAUUGUUGUCUGCCGUAUCCUGGGUGGUCUAUCAUCUGCUGGUGGUUCAGUGACGCUCGGUAUGGUGGCAGACAUGUGGGAGGCGGACGAGCAGCAAUAUGCGGUUGCAUUUAUUGUUCUCUCCUCCGUGGCAGGAUCCGUGGUGGCCCCUAUUGUGGGUGGCUUCACGCAGACCUUCUUGGGCUGGCGAUGGACUUUCUGGCUUCAGCUUAUCCUGGGUGGUGCCGUGCAAGCAGUACACUUUUUCAUUCCAGAGACACGGUGCAGUAUUCUGGUGACCAGGGAGGCGCGGAGAAGGCGAAAGAAGGGCGAGGAGGUGUACAGUGCGGAUGAGCUGAAGGGUAAGCGCAUCAGUAUCAAGCAUCUGCUGAUGGUGUGGGCGCGUCCAUUCAUCAUGUUCGUCCGAGAGCCGAUUGUCUUGUGGCUGUCACUUCUCAGUGGAUUCAGUGACUCGCUCAUCUUCACCUUUCUGCAGUCGUAUGAACCCGUGUAUAAGCAGUGGGGAUUUUCUGAUAUUAGUGUCGGAUUGGCUUUCUUACCUCUCCUGGUUGGCUACUUGAUCGCCUGGUUUAGUUUUAUCCCCUGGAUCCAUCGACACUGCCGAGUCCGCGAACGAGAUCCCGAUGGCCUCCAGCCUGAGGCACGUCUGUACUGGCUGUUAUACGUUGCACCGCUUUUGCCAAUCGGACUGUUCGGUUUUGGGUGGACCAGUUUGGGUCCGCCGCAUGUGCAUUGGAUCGCACCGAUGAUCUUCUCGGCAUGCAUCGCAAUAGCCAAUUAUGCCAUUUACAUGGCCACGAUCGAUUACAUGGUGGCAAGUUACGGACCUUACUCCGCGUCAGCCACCGGUGGCAACGCUCUUGCCCGAGACUUUUUGGCCGGUGUAGCCGCGAUGUAUUCAGUGCCUAUGUACUCCAACAUGGGCAAAUCGAACCCUCUCGAAUGGGCUUCAUCGUUGCUCGGCUUCCUGGCGGUCGUUUUCAUCGCCCCGAUUUAUAUCUUCUACUGGAACGGACCGAAGAUCCGGGAGAAGUCCAAGUUUGCGCAGAUUCUGGCGGCCGACAGGAAGAAAGCCGGGCGGAGGGUUUCGCAGUGUGGUUCUGGCGAUGCCGGGCCCGAGGAGCAUUAUUUCGAGAGUGGCAGGAGUUCGCGGUACAGUCGGUGAUCUGCGGUAUACUGUCAUGUUUUCGUCAUACUCACUGGAUGGAUUAUUACUGUGCUGACUUAUUGUGGAUGAGACAAUUUGAUAGUAUACUCAUCAUAGCAUUAGCAUUAUAUUUUCUAUGUUUAGUU